AUGGCGGCUCUCGCUGCGGCCUCGGUGGGGAUCCCGGAGGCCACUUCUGCGCGGCGGAAGGCGAAUUGGGAGCGGUGCGAUGGGAAUCGCCGGUGGCUUCUUCCGGUGGCUGUCGGUGUUCGGCCAGCGAGGUCGGUUUCCGGUGAGCAGAAGGCGAGCUCCGCCGAACGAGGUCGGAGAUGGCGGGUGGGUGCUGGGGGGUCGCCUUCUCCGGUGGCGGAGCGUGGGGGCGACAAUGGGGAGAAAGGGGGUAGAACUAUGAGCAUCGACUUGCUGCGCCGCUUCUUCGAGCUCAACGUCGGGAAGUGGAACGGAUCCUUCUAUGUGAGUGACCCCCGAUUCUCCGUCUCCGUAUCUGUUCCUGUAAUUUAGGUUAACGCGAAUAUUCUGAUGAGAUUUUAAUGUUACUCAAUGUAGCAAUUCGAUCCUCGAGGGAGUCUACUGCAGAAUGUGGCGACCAGGCUCUCGGCGAGCUCCUACGGGGAGGACGAGCUUAUCAGCCUCAUCCAGACGUAAGCUGGUUCCCCGUUGCAAUCUCAUUCCUGCCUUUGUGAUCACUGCACUGGCUCCUCCUCAUUUUUCCUAUGACGCGCAUUUCUCUCGUGUUUCCUGUCAUAUCUCCUGAAAAUUAUUCAGAUUUCAUCGCUCCAUUUUCCACGUGUAUAGCUGUGAAGAUGGAAUCAGUGACUUCCGCUGGCUUUACAGGCUAUACAUAAAACAGGCACCCUCAAGAACCUUCACUUCUGAGGAAGACGAUGAACCUGAGUGGACGGAGUACAAGAUCAAGGAGACCAAUAUAUUUACCGCGGACAAAUACCAGCAGGUGAAUUUCAGAAGCUCGGAAGUCCAAGCCAUGAGCUGAAUUUCUUCUGAUUAUUUCAACGAUUCAUUGAAUUUUUUUAUCUAAUUGUUGCACCCAAAAUGCGGCCAGUAAUAUCUCAAAAUAAAUGGGAAUAUAUAUAUAUAUAUAUAUAUAUAUAAUUUUCUUCUGAGAUCGCUUACAUUUUAUUUGAGCGUUGCUUCUGGGUAGUCUACAGAUUGGAUUCUUCCCAAAAGAGAAGGCAUUCUCUCUGAGGUACCAAACUGCGGGGAUGCUGGAAACCGUCCUCAGAGCUGGCGUUCUCGGUGAGGAUGACACAGGGGAAGAAUGUCCGAGGUAGGCAGAAGAAUCAUCUCCGGAAAUCACAUUACUGAUGAUUGAAUAUCUGAUAUGAUUCCUCCAGCCAAUCUCCCACGAUUAUCUCUGGUAUAUAGUUUCCUGCUUCUUAUCAGUUUCAACCAUGGACCUUUCAUCUCCACUAAUAUUUGCGUAGAUUAUGGAAACUGUGUCCCAUAAUUACCACAUUAGUCAAUAUGUCAUACCUGGAUUCCUCGGAUUUAAUACUUUUCUAGAUGGUAAUCCAAGCCCAGUAUAUUUUUGUCAGAAAUUUUGCAGCCGAACCUCUCUUCAAUCCCAUUGAUAUAUCAUAUAGUAUUCUUCAGGUCACUUGGGAAUAUUUCCCCCGGUUUUUCAUCGUCCUUGAGAUUUAAUGCAGGAAUCUGAUGCUUCCUUCUCGCCGCCCAGCCCUCGUGUGUGAGAAUUGCCUCAAUUCAAUUGAAAAGGACUUGCGAGCCAGGGCUUUUCAUAUCUUGGAUCCAAAGGGCGUCCCCGAGAUGUUCCUCAUCUUCCUAGAAGGAAGAGGAAGCGGUGUGCCAGAUAUCUUUUCAAUGGACAGCCCAGAGGUGUGAAACCCAUUAACAGCUCCGCAAAUCCAUCUCAUCUCAUGCCAUUUUAUGAGGAUAUGUUCUUCCUGAAACACCCAGAAUCCGCAUAAUCCAAGAAACCAUCUGAGGCUUCUCUUGUUCUCCGACGUAGCUGGUUGAAGAUGAGAUUUGCAACUGAUAAAAGCGAUCACCUGCGACAUAGCCCAUUUCAUGGAGGAAAAGCACGAGUGCAUGAUCGAGCCUGCAGCCUGUGUCCCUGAUGCAUUCUCUCUCCUUUUCAUUGGCAGGGAGACGCCGACAGGUUGGCGCCAUUGCUCGGCCGAUGGGAAGGUCGUUCUGUGACCAAAAGAAGCGGCAUCUACGGAUCGACCAUUGCAGAAGCCGAAGUAGUCGCACAACUGGAGACGGACGGCCAAGGGCGGAUCAUUCAGGUGAGCCCGUAGAGAUGAUGGGCCAACCCUGCCCAUCACUAAAUCUCAAAGAUUGGCGUAUUUUGGUGGGCAUAACUUCUCCUUGUUUGCUUCCAUAUGAACUCUGGCUUGUGUUCUUGGUCAGGACAUGACUUCCAGGACCAGCGGAAGUGGGUCCCUCGCAAAGGUCCACUGGACUGGGGUGGUCUCCGGCCACAUGGCGACCUUCGAGGGGGGCUACCAAAUGACCCUGCUGCCAGGUGGCAUGUAUGUGGGAUGCCCCUGUGACGUCAGCAGGAGCGUGGCAGAGAUGCAGGCCUUCCACCUGGAGUUCUGCUGGAUGGAGUCCCCCAGUCGAAGGCAGAGGCUCAUCCGCACAUAUGACGCCGAGGGUCUGCCCGUCUCCUCCACCUACUUCCUGGAAACCAAGGUAUGA